AUGCCAGCCGACGAAUACUCCGUCGGCGGGGGCGGCAAGCUCAAACUAAAAGGCUCGAAAGUGAGCGACGGCCGCAUAGAAAAGAAAAAGAAGAAAGCCAAGAAGAGCAACCCAGAAAGCGGCAGCAAGAAAGAAAGCGAGGAUGCUCCGUCUGCGUCUACGUCCCAAGCAGUAAAUGACAAGGAGAGUCCGCCGACUUCUCUGCCUCCGCAAGAUGAGGAGUCUGAUGCCGGGGUGAGUGCUGGGGCUGCUGGGAAGACGGAGGCGGAGAGGAAGCAUGAGGAGAUGAGGAAGAAGAGGUUACAAGAACGUCUCAAACGAGAAGGGGUCAAAACGCAUAAAGAGCGAGUGGAAGAGUUGAACAAAUACCUCAGUCGACUGAGCGAACAUCACGACAUGCCGAAGAUUGGACCCGGUUAA